GACGGAUCGUGCAUUCCAAAAAUUUUGAUGCUCCUUCUUUUCAAAAACACAGCGAAUAAUUUUUUGAAGAAAACAGAGUUUCUUGAUUUAAAAAAUCUACAAAGCUUGUGUUUAUUUAGAAUACGGGUUAACAAUGUCUGCAGCAGAUGCACCAGAUUGUCCAUUAUGCAUGGAAACAUUUGAGAUAGACGAUCUUCAUUUUUAUCCAUGUACUUGUGGUUAUCAGAUUUGUCGUUUUUGUUGGCACCGUAUACGUACAGAUGAAAAUGGGCUUUGUCCAGCUUGUCGUAAGACAUACACAGAAGAUCCUGCAAUGUACCGACCGCUGUCACAAGAUGAAAUACAGAAAAUAAAAAAGGAAAGAAAGCAGAAAGAAGCACAACAUAAGCAGAAAAUAUCUGAUAACAGACAACAUCUAUCCAACAUCAGAGUGAUACAGAGACAUUUAGUGUUUGUGGUGGGUUUAUCUAAUAAAAUGGCAGAUGCAGAUGUUUUAAGACGACCAGAGUAUUUUGGAAAAUAUGGCAAAAUCGUGAAAAUUGUGAUUAAUCCAAACACAAACUAUGCUGGUCCACAGGGUCCAAGCGCUAGUGCAUAUAUAACUUACACAAGAGAAGAGGACGCACUUAAAGCAAUUUUAGCAAUCAACAACAUGCAACCACCAUUAAAAAUAAGGGCGUCAUUGGGAACAACAAAAUAUUGCACACAUUACCUUCGAAAUAUGCAAUGUCCAAAAGCAGAUUGUAUGUAUUUACACGAUGUUGGCGAUAACGCUGCAAGUUUCACGAAAGACGACAUGCAAGCAGGAAAGCAUCAGUUGUUUGAAAAAGACUUACUCGAUAAUUAUGUAGCAUCCGUGCAAAAUCAACGCAUGUUGCGAAAAUCUUUAAGUGAAUGUAGCGAACCUGACCCUGUUGAAACGCACUCUCAAGAAGACUGGAACGAGGAAAUUGACAAUGCAGAUUCACUGCUACCGUCGCAGGCAUCUUGGGGAACAGCGAAGGAGGACAAAGCUAUAAAUGAUUACACAUCGUACCCUGAGGCACCUAGUACUGAAAAAACAUCUCCACCAUUAUCUACUCCACAAACACUUCCAACUACCACCCAUGUUUUAACUACCACCCAUAUUGCGACAACCACUGUUGCUCAUUCAGUGAUGACUGAUAGCAAACCUAUAGAUACACCCCUAACUAAAUCCACUUUCUCUACAGGUUGGGCAACAUCUAGUGAUAGCGUAGCACAAGAUCCUGCACCCAAUGAUGCAAACAACUUCUCUUGGCCAGGAAUAAGCGAUUUAGGUUUAAGUGAUCUAAAAAUCAAUGCAAGUGAUGAUGAUCUAGGUUUUGAUCCAUUUAUUGAAAGCAAGUCCGGUCUAGAAGAUUUAAUGGCAACAGAAAAACAACAGGGCGUUUCUUUGCAACCGCAGCCAUCAUUUAGUUGGGACUCAUUUUGGCCAUCAAAUUACAAUCCAAAUCAGAACGCCAUGUCUCUUAUCAACUCCUACUCACUUUUUGGUGCUUCACAACAAAUGCCUAACCCACGUAUGAUGCAGUUCCGCCCACCUGCAGUGAAUCCGUAUCAACAAAAUCCCUUAGCUCCACCAAACACAGCUAACCCUUACCGAUUUAUAACACCUCAGCAGCAACAGUUGCAAAGGUUCCCACAACAAUUUCCAGGCGUGCACCCUCUGCAACAGCAGCAGCAGCCAAACCCGCAGUUUGUGAAUCAGUUUCAAAUGCCACAACCGGUUACUCCACAACAACAAAAGAUGGUUGCACCAGUAGUGCCACCCUCCACCGUUGCUAACACUGGAAGUACUGAAAAUAAGAAUUGGCAGGAUGGCCUUCGAGCUCUGUUGCCGAAUAUAAAUAUUAGUUUUGCAAAUCAACAGUUAGAGCAGCAGCAACUGAAAGCCGCGUGGAAUACUGAUGAAAAAGGUCAAGAGACAGAAAAUCUUUCAAGUCCUCCUCCUGGAUUUCCUGGAUUCAUCUCUGCUAAUAAAAAUGGUCAGCGGCCACCGCCACCUCCUGGUUUCAGUAAAGAUGUAUUUUCUCCCACCUCUCAGCCACCACCUGGUCUGUUGAAUGGCUCUCCCAGUCUACCUAUCUCUACACCGUCAACUUCGAACGCGUCAACAUCUGCAUCAUCUUCACAUGAGGAUCCUAGUAUACUGUGGUCAAAAGUUUUAUCAGACAAUCAUAAAGAAAUUGAGACAGCGAAUAUGGCUUUCCCUCUCCCGGGUGAAACUAUAAGUCAAGCAAGUUUGAUUGAUCCAUUAGCUAGCAACCGUGUCCAGCUACAACAACCAUUAUCUUCAUCUUGGAACGCCAUCGUCAGCGGCAACCAGCCAGCAAAACAGUCAGCAAAACAAGAAGAGGCGUUCGGUAUGAAAGACCGGCGACCACUUUCAGUCUCUGCGAAGGAGAAUGUUGAAAACAAACCUCAAAAGCCUUCCCCAAUUUUCGGAUGUCAACAUAAACAAGCCAUAAAGAAGCCUACUGCGCAUGUCAAACCACUCAAGUGUAACAAUGAUGGAUUCACAACUGUUCAUAGUUCAAGACAACAGUCUCAUACGCAGUCCGUAGAUACUCAUACAGGGUCGAGAGUCAGUGAACUUGAUGACUUCAGUACAGAUUUUCCGAUUCCGGCAGGUAAUAUCAAUACAACGGACUAUCCUGUUGCUAUGACUUCGUCUAAAGCAGGCGCUAAAAAAAAGAAAAAGAAGAAUAAGGAGCCAGUUGAACAAAUUUCAGAGUUGAUUGUAGGACGCGUUGAAGCAGAGCGUCCAGCUGUUAUAUUAGACGAAGAACGUCCGAAAAAAGGCGGGAAAACGAAGAAAAAGAACACGGUAAAAACAUCACCACCACUGCAAAGAAAGUCAUCUCUACCAAAGUACGAAGAUCAAAGAGGCAAAGAAGCUGCUGCACCUACUAUAAGAAUUUUAAAAAGUGAUGGAAAUAAUCACAGUGGAAACCAAACUCCUCCUGUUCAGGUGACAGCUACUAACGAAGGGGCACCAAAAGCUGUGCAAGAUCACGAAAUCGUCAGCAGACUUACUGAGUCUACUGAAAAGCUACUGAAGAAUGUUUUAUUUGAAACGGAGGCUAUCAAAAUCAACACCGAACAAAUUUCAAAAGAUUUAAAAAGUGCAUUAGAAAAAUGCAAGGAGUCUUCGUUAUCUUUGUCUGAUUUGGAGAAAAUUAAUCUCCUACUGACACCCGCUAAGUUAGCUGCUGGUGAACUCGAUGAGUCAGAUCUAGUUGAUACCACUGAUUUGGAAAGACAAGUUGAAUCAGCAAGGCGAGAAGCGAAAAUGUUGGAAGCCCGCUUAAAUGACGUCAUUCGCAAAAACAUGGCCAGUGAAUUGGAAACUUUGAAGCGUAACACGACAAGUCAUGCCCAGUAGCUAGCGAUUGAAUUUAAACUGUUCUGUUCUAUUGUAUUUAGCUAUUGUAUAAGAAUUAAAAAAUAACGACGAUUAAAGUGUUUC